AUGAAUUGGCCGAGCUUGCUUCAGAUCGUUGAGACGGGGGCCCAGGCGGCCCCGGCGGCUGGCAACGCUCGUCCUUCUUACCGCCCUUCGGAUCGCAUGGAGGUUGUCGGGUUAGUCGACACGUCGGAUCGGUCCUCUAUCGCCGCACACGUCGAUGAGAAUCCAGCUUCCCUGCACGCAGCGGACGAUUCCAGGGCGGAAACAACCAAGCACGUUCUCGUCUUUCGGCAGACAGGCGCCAAGAUCGGCCCCCGGUACCGACUGCGCCAGGGCGAAGGCGGCAAGGAGGGACAGCAGCUGAAGCAGAGUGAAUUUCAUGUUCGCAGCGACUCGAUCGAAUGGGCGGGCGCGCAGAUUGCUCACGACGCCAUGAGGGGAGCAGCAGCGCUUUUCGUUCUUGAUGGGCCAGCCACCUAUCCCGCGGCUCCCGGAGAGGUGCGAAGAAAGAGGAACAUUGAUCAGACACAAUUGAGGGAAAUCCGUUCUCUAAUGAAACGCUCUCAGUGA